AACCAAAACAAAACUCAUACAUAUCAUUCUUCAUUCGCACGCAUAUACUCAGCCUGAUUCUUCUUUUCGUUAGAGUCUCUCCAACUUUCAGAUGCCUGCAGCCAUGUUAUUUCCCCGUCUUCUUCUCGCUUCUUUCAUGGCCUUUUUCCUUGCAAAUUGUGCAUUCGCAGCCACAUUACCUGAUAUCGAAUUGCAAGCCUUGAAAGACAUAGCCAAGACGUUGGGGAAGACAAACUGGAAUUUCAGCGUAGAUCCAUGCAGUGGAGAGUCGGGAUGGUUUUCACAUCCAAACGGUCUAUUUGAAAAUUCUGUCAACUGUUCCAGUGGCACCACCCCCCAUGUCGUUAGCAUAGUGCUGAAGGUACAGAACCUCACAGGCACUCUCCCAUCAGAGUUGGUCAGGCUCCCUUACCUUCAAAAUAUCGACCUGUCUCUCAAUUAUCUCAGUGGCUCAAUCCCUGCGGAAUGGGGUUCCAUGCAGCUUGUCAAUAUUUCCUUAGUUGGAAAUCGCUUAACGGGUUUGAUCCCAAAAGAGAUGGGGAACAUAAGCACUCUUCAGUACUUUACUGUAGAGUUUAAUCAGUUGUCAGGACCUUUGCCGCCAGAGCUUGGGGACCUUACGCACAUUGAGAACCUUCAUCUUACCUCCAACAACUUUACUGGAGAAUUGCCAACAACAUUUGCUAGGCUAACCUCUUUGCAGGACUUUCGGAUUGGUGACAACCAAUUCACAGGAAGGAUACCUAGUUUUAUCCAGAACUGGACAAAUCUUACAAAGUUAGUAAUUCAGGCAAGUGGCUUAAUGGGGCCGAUUCCUAACAUAAGUGCACUAGCAAGGCUAGAUGACUUGAGAAUUAGCGAUUUAAAUGGAACUGAUCAAGCAUUUCCUACACUUAUUGGUACAGCGAUGACGACACUAGAUCUUAGCUUUAACAAACUCACUGGAUCAAUUCCAAACGCUUCUAAUCUUGCAAGCACUACUUACAUUUUUUUGACUGGAAACUUGCUCACUGGGAACAUUCCUUCUUGGAUGCUGGAAAGACAAAAGUUCAUGUAAGAAUCUAUCUCCUAUAUUUUAUUGAAUUUCCUUUCAUACAAAGUUUUUUACAUCUUUUUGUUUUUGUUAAGAAGUAAGAUACUAAAAUAUCGGUGCCUGGUGCCUUGUUACACACUCAAAGUAACUUGUUUAAUAUUUCUUUAUCUGCGAAUGGAUGUCAACUUACUCUUUUUUGCUAUACAAUUUGAAUGAAAUAUAGAUGAUCUGUAUUU